AUGAGGGUCCCGAUUCUUCACCUCCCCACUGCCUCUGGCUCCUUGUCCCUGGUGAAGCUACUGCUGCCGCUACUGAUGAUGCAACUCUGGGCGACUGGUUCGCAGAGUUCUCUCAUUUUCCCACGGCUCACGACUCAGCUGCGCCCCCGAGGGGUCAAUCCUGUGAAGUGCUGCACUAACCCGAAGCCCAGACUGCUCCGGGCCAGUACUGAUCCCCUUGUCCUGUUUCUCUAUCCAGCGGCGCAGGCUCUGCUGCUCCCGGGAAACACCACGCGCGAGGACCUCGAGGCCUUCGGCACUCUGUGCCCGAGUGUCUUUCAACCCUGGCAGGUCUCCCUCUUCCAUAACCUCCAGUUCCAAUGUGCGGGUGUCCUCGUGGACCAGAACUGGGUGCUCACGGCCGCACAUUGCUGGAGAAAUAAACCACUGAGGGCUCGAGUUGGAGAUGACCACCUGCUGCUUUUCCAGAGCGAGCAACUGAGGUCCACGAAUUCCCCUGUUUUCCACCCCAAGUACCAGCCUUGCUCAGGCCCCGUUCUGCCACUCCGCUCAGAUGAACACGACCUCAUGAUGCUAAAACUGAGCAGUCCUGUGGUGCUGACGUCCAAAGUGCAUCCCGUGCAAUUGCCCUUCCAGUGUGCUCAGCCAAGGCAGGAGUGCCAGGUCUCAGGCUGGGGGACCACAGCCAACCGAAGAGUGAAAUACAACAGGCGCCUGAGCUGCUCCAGGGUAACUCUCCUCAGUCAGAAGCAGUGUGAGACCUUCUACCCGGGUGUGAUCACCAACAACAUGAUUUGUGCUGGGAUGGACAGAGACCAAGAUUCUUGCCAGAGUGACUCCGGUGGACCCCUGGUGUGUGACAACACCCUGCAUGGCAUCCUCUCAUGGAACAUUUAUCCAUGUGGUGCUGCUACCCAGUACCCGGCUGUCUACGCUAAGAUCUGCAACUACACCAACUGGAUUCGAAGAGUCAUCCGUUCCAAAUGACCUGCCUCU